ACGACCCGCUGGAAAGUGCCUAUGGGCUGCUCGGAGUCAUUCGCCUAGCUCUUGCUGACUCGCUCUGGGUGCGGUGUGCAGACAGGCGUCAUGAGCUCGCUUGUAGCUUAUACUGAAAAGCAAGUUCUCCUCAUCACUCAAGAUGGACGCGUAAUCGUCGGUCAGCUGCGAGGUUUUGACACCGCCGGUAGCAUCAUCCUCUCUCAGUGCAUAGAGCGCAUUUACAGCGCGGAGGAUGGCGUUGAAGAGCUCCCUCUAGGGCUAUACAUCGUUCGAGGCGACGCAAUCGCACUUAUCGGCGAGAUGGACGUUGAGAAAGACAAGGCGAUUGACCACUCCUCGGUCCGUGCAGAGCCGCUGCCCGAGGUCCGCCACGGCUAAGAAGCGUCGG